AUGCAACAUCCGUUCCAGGGAAUCAAUACAGCCAUAUUCUUCUUAGUAAGGCGACAUCGUUUUGCAGAUGAAAUGGUGGUUUCAACGCACAUCUUAGCCACCGAAGGAUUAACUCAGGUAAAAUAACUUUAGCCUCUUUUAAUGAAUGUUAAUGAAAAUGGGAGGGAUAUCUAUUUUAAUCCUAAUUUGAGUAAUAAUUAUUGUGUGCUGGAUAAUAAACUGAAGGGUAAUACCAGUUCAGAAACGACUCAAAAAUAUUUCUUUGACUUUUUAGCCAAAGACGUAAGCGCUUAUUAAAGCGUCUCUGAUGAUUAUGAUUACACAUAAUCUGAAGUAUCACCCUAUCAAAAUAUAACUACAUCGCAUUUCCCUGCAUUUAAAUAAAUUGCCAUGAAAAGAAAAUAAAAAACUAGUCUAACAGUUCAUUCCCCUUGCCCUCAAGUUAUGUCGAUUUAUUACAAUUUACUGUUCAGAUAGAUUAUCAAGUUUCUAAACUUGUUUCUGAGCGAAAGUCAUGUGAAUUUGUAUUUGUUUCAGGAAAAAAUAUAUACUGAUGAGAUGUAACUUUUAAUUUUAGGGUAUUUGGAGGAAUCAGCCAAUAUUUUUUCUGAGAUACUAUUAUUUUAUGAAAUAAGUCAAGAUUCUGUCUCCAAUGUUCUUGCUAUGUCAAAAGCGUUUCACAGCUCUGGAUCUUUCUUCGUGAGAUAAAUUUGUGCUUUCUCACCAUGCAAUCUGGCCACGGAAAAGAUUGCUUUAUAUCUCAAUAUCUUACCUCAAUAGGGAGAAAUCUAUGCCCUCGUCAACAGAACAGAGGCGCAAUUGGACGCUAAGCACCUACUAUUUUGUGUGGAAUACAAUGGCUCGCAAGUAAGUGCUACUAAUAUUACUGUGUUUACUAAUGCUUUUAUAGAAGACCAAGUGAAAAUUAAGUUCCAAUUGCUGGGGCAAGUACGAAGGAACUUAAGAGUAAUUUACCCAGAUAUGGCGGAACAAGUAAGUCUCGUGUGAAUAAUUGUUCAAUGUUUGUAGUAGUUUUUCACACGGUAAUGUAUGUCUCUGAUCAUAUUUUCUUCCAGCAGUAAAGGAGGCCAGAACAUCACCUAUUUCGCUGUUUUCAUUUUCGUCCUUUCAGUUUUUUCAUAGUGGACACGCAACUUUUCCCAAAAACUCCGAAACAAGAAUGAUACUACGUUUCUCCAGCGACACUACAGUAAUGUAAUAUUAUUACUGCUACUGUAUACGUAUGAGUUAUCUCACAUUAUUUGCAACGUCCUACUUUUUAGAUGAUAACUGUGCAUCAGAUACGGUGGAUGAGUCAGCCAUUUAUGCAGACGCCUGGGGCCGAAGCACCAUUGACUGUAGAGUUUAUUGGUCCCGUGGGUGAAUUAUGCGAAGAACACAUAAGGAUUACAAUGGAAUAUGGGGAAAUAACUCAAAACAUGCUUCUCCCAAUAUUGGUAAUUUACUGCUCAACAACCAUUGCUCCCUCAAGUAAAACUAAUGAUAAUAAUAAUAAUAAUAAUAAUAUUAAUAAUGAUGAUGAAAAUUAUGAGGAUAAUACUGAUAUCGGCAGUGAGAAAUAUAGCGAAAAUCAGUAAGCUAAUGACGAUGAUGAUUGGUAUUAUGUUUUUGCUACCUCUUAACCAAAUGGUACAAAUCAGCUGUCGUUGACUCAGUCCUCUAUCAGACAUCAUUAUUCUGAUCAACGCAAAUCUUAGCCAUCAGUUUCUUUACAAGAGGAUCAUACAGGUGGAGAGAGCUCAAAGUUUUUUUUUUGGAAAAUUAAGCCUCAAUUUAUACUUUUUGGGAUCAAAUUUGUGACCAAAUCCCAAUCCUAAAUAGCUUUUGAGUCUUAACCAUGAAGGGAAAACUUCUCUAAACUAUAUUUCCCUGUUAAUUAAUAUCUUCCUUGUUUCAGUCUCGCCGACAAAACCAUUAACUCCUCCUGUGAUACUGAUCGACUUGUGUUCAAGACCAAGUGUUCAAAACCGACGGGAAGAAAAAAGUAAAAAAGGAUAAAUGAAGACGGCAAUCGUUAACAAAAUAUUCUGUUGCAAUUUGUUGCGUCUUCGGUAAUUUUUGUUGCUUCCUCAAUAAACAGAAUACCGUAGUAAUAAUUACUUUGUACCUCUUUGGCAUUUUUAGCCUUCGGCACCCCUGACAUGUAUUAACUUUCUGAUGAGAGUUUACAGCGGUUAUCAUUUGUUGACUUGUGAUC